CACAGAAAAAAAUCACAGUGAGUGACUCCUUUAAUAUAAUCAGAAGCACAGAACAAAAUCAACAAAGAGAGUCAGCCUGAAGUGGACCCACCAGGCAGUUUUGUGCGCUUCCACAUUGACUUCAUUUAUCAAAGACCCCAACUACUACUCUACAACUCCAAACCCAUGCAACAUCACUCCCAAAGCCCAAUCAAAGCAAAAUAUCUCUUGUAUUGUUUCGCCCUCCAGAGCCAAACUCCAAUAUCAGCACUGGCCAGUGGUGUCCAAAUUUUCCCUCUCCUAUACUGUCUGGCUAGUUUGGAAGAGAAAACAGUGGAAAAAUGUCUCAGAGUUCAGGAAAGAUCGUGCUUUAUGAGGGAAAAUGUUUCACUGGGAGGAAACUGGAGAUCUGCAGUGACUGCGACAACCUUCAGGACCGUGGCUUCAUGAACAGGGUCAACUCUGUUCGCGUGGAGAGCGGGGCCUUCAUCUGCUACGACCAUCCAGACUUCAAGGGCCAGCAGUACAUUCUGGAGCAUGGAGAGUACCCCGAAUUCCAGCGCUGGAAUGCCCAUAACGAUCACAUGGGCUCCUGCAAGCCAAUCAGGAUGCAUGGAGAGCAGUAUAGGAUGGAACUGUUCGAGGGAGACAACUUCACUGGCCAGUGCGUGGAGCUGUGCGAAGACUGUCCUUUCCUGCAGGCUCGAGGCCUCAAGAGUUGCGUCAAGUCCAUCAAGGUUUAUGGAGACGGAGCCUGGGUGUUGCAUGAGGAGCCAAACUACCGUGGGCGCAUGUACAUUGUAGAGAGAGGAAACUACCCCUCCCACACAGAGUGGCAGGCGGAGAACCCCAACAUCCAGUCUGUCCGCAGGGUGGCAAACUACUUCUAAAGCAGCUCUCAGUCUGUGGCAACGUUACUGCAGGGAUGAGAUCAUCCACCGAGGGAAAACACAACAUACUGUCAAAUAAUCUCAUGCUCACUUUGUGGGUGUGUAAAAUAAUAAAGGAUGAAGAAAAUGUUUGACAUUGCUUGUUGUUUUAUUUUUGUAUGCUGAAUUAUUCAAAGGCUGAAAUAAAG